UAGCCUGAAUUUUAUUGGACAGUCAUUGUGUCAGUCACUACGCUGAGCAUCCUCUGGAUCUUCUGCGGUCAGGAGAAAAGCGUUUAAAGGCUGGGUUCAUCCAUUCAUACCGCUCUGCCAUGAAAUGGCGACAAGCGGAAGCUGAAGGCGAUAGUCUCUGACCCCAAACGCCGAGUUGUGGAUUUUAUUUUGAAUUGGUUUCGUCUACUGGCCAGGCAGGCCGAUGCAGAUGAUGCGUGAUGGACUGAAGUUGUGGAGUAAUGGCUCCGAUGCCCACAGCAGUGACCCUGAGGAAGAUGAGGAUGAGGAGGAGAUGUUGUUUGGGGAGAAUGAUGAUGAGUCAGAGGACAUGAUGGACUUGAGUGACCUGCCCACCUCACUGUUCGCCUGCUCUGUACAUGACGCCGUGUUUGAGGAGGACAGGCAGCGGCCUAACGAUGGCCUCCUUCACUUGCAUCGACACCUCUUUGGACCGCAUAUUGAGAGUUCCCAUGAACAGCUACUAAAUGCAAAUUCAACACUUGGAAUCAACCAGACCUUUUAUCUCCUUCAUUUGUCAUUUGUCAAAUAAUGAGGAAAUAGGCCAGACCUGGCCAUGGAACUGAUUAUCAGUCAAUUGUCCAGUUACAUUUGAGCCUGUGUAAAAUAAAUAAAUGAAUAAAUAAAUAAAUACAUUUUUAUAAAAGACUAAUUCCAUCCAUCCAUUUUUCUGUACC